GCGCAGCAGAGACCCAGCCCUCCACAUGGUCUUUUGAGAGCGGUGAGAGUCCCGUCUUUGAACACUGCCCGAGGCGUUACUGAUGCUCGGACGCACCUGAAUAGCACGUCCGCACGAAGCCGCAGCAGCAGCAGCGAAUCCGGCGGCCAUGAGGCUCCUCAGCGCCCUGCUCUUCCUCCUCCUCCUCCUCCUCUGCGGGCCGCCGCGGGGGGCGGAGGCGAAGAAGGAGAGCGCCGACGAGACACAGACGACCCGGCGCGGCCGGAACCGGGCCGUGCCCGGGUCCGGCGAGCUCACCAGCAAGGAGGGCCACCGGUGCACGUGGGAGACGACAGGGGAGGGCGCGGUGUCGCUGCUGGUCAGCUGCAGCUACGGCGAGCUGGCCUACCAGUGCCGGUACGCGGGCCGGCCCGACCUGUGCCCCGCCUACGCCGCCCGCUCCAGCCAGUACUGGAAGCAGGUGGUGGGCAAGCUGAAGAAGAGGAGGAACGUCUGCGACGGCGAGAAGGUCCUGAAGACGCGCGUGUGCAAGAAGGCCCCCGCCGAGUCGCACAUGAGGCUGGCGGAGGAGGAGCGGGUGGAGGAGGCGACGCAGGCGCAGGCGAAGGAGGAGAAGAAGAAGAGGGGGAAAGGGGGAGGUGAGAAGAAGGCGGCAGGGAGCGAGGGAGCGGGGAAGGAGGAGGAGAAGCCGGCGGCGGCGGCGGCGGCGCUGGACGGUGUCGCGUUCGGGGAGGUGAACGACGGGAGCAUGGAGACUGAGCCGGCGGAGACCUACUGCGCGGAAGGGUGGCAGUCCUUCUGCUCCUUCUUCGUGAAGUUCGUCGACGGUUAACAGCGCCGCUAACGAACACUGCCGUCCCCGAGCCGGGUUCGAAUCCACCUCCAGGUGUGAGUAAAUGUGGUUUGUAUAAAGAGGAAGUGAAGUCAACAGUGUAAUAAUUCCAGGAAGCGCAGAAAUACUGCUUGUAAUACUGUUAUGCCUUUCGGGCCAUUUCAUUACUAAACAAAAUGUAUUUUACUUUGAAAUGUGUCUGUUAACAACUGGUGGAAAGUAAGUACAUGUGUCAGAUUUAAUGGUGGUGCCUAACCCUAUUUGUAAUUUACUUAAUGUUUAAUGUUUUAAUGAAUGAAUAAAACAAAGUACAACAUUAGAAAGAGUCUUAGGCUCUUUAAUGGAUACAAACUCCAAAUACUACUCUGACCAUGUGCAAUGAAUUACAAAAUGAAACUCUGAGAACCUUUGUGAAUUGGUAUUAUAAUUUGUUGUAUAGACAUAAUGGACCAGAUAAAAUUUAACAUCCAACUGUAGUCCUAAUAAAAUUAUUUUUUAUAUAUACAACAUUUAUUUUAAUUAAUUUGAGACCUACAUUUACAAAAAAAUUUAAACUAUUGGGAAAUAAUAACUUUUAACAAUCUGGUUGAUUACCAUAUAAAUUGUCCAAAGUGUCAACUGGAAUAUAAUAAAUAUGUUAAAAGUUUUUAUUUGCACUGAACAAAAAAUGAAUUAAAAAUCCUUCAUGAAAAACACUGUGUUCAGAGGAAAAAAGACCAAAAGAAUGUUUCAAAUGAGGAAAGAAAAAAACUGUAACUGUAUUCUGAAACCAACUCUCAGUCCGGAGCAGUCUUUUCCAAAAAGGAAUGAUGUGGCAACAGGUUUUUGUUUUAGCACAGCAAGAAGAUUCCUGAUUCUACUUAUCAAUGUUUUGGUUGAAGACCAUGAUUUAGUUGAUUAGUACAAUCCGGUGUACUAGUGCUGGGCUAAAACAAAAACCUCCACCAAUGAAAGUCUUUUUCUUUCUUAUUUUAUUUUAAUGUAACCUUUAUUUUAACAGGUUAUAGUCCCAUUGUGAUUAAAAUCUCUUCUACAAGAGAGACCUGGCCAAAAAGGGCAACACAUUUCAUUUUAGACAA